AUGUGGGCGGGGCAAUUCCCAAUCUUUUCGGGGAAGACCGGGCCCAUCUUGUCUCGAGUAUCAAGAGGAAAUCAGAAGUAUCUGUGCUAUGAGCCCUACGUGAUGACCACAGAGAUCUACGACAAGACAGGGACUGUCGAGUGCGUCAAGAUGCCUGCCGAGUUCAAGUAUCAACGUCGCAUGACCGGCUCUCUCGUCGGCGACCCGUUCUUUGGUAAGGAUGAGUCCGGCCGUGAAGGCACCUUCUUCCACUUUGGCAACUCUCCGUCCGCAGCCUGGGCAUGUAUACCCUCCGGUUCAACCUGUAUAUUGAACCCCAAGGCCCGCGACGACGCGCGGCCAAACUGGCGGAAAUCACCAGCGCGCCAUUCCAGAGCUACGCCGCUAAAGAACUUCCGGACAUACAGCCAAGCUCCCAACUUGUAA